UCUUCUUAUCUUCCAGAUGUUGAUGAAUGCUCGCUGAACACCCAUGACUGUCACUCCAAUGCAAUCUGCACUAACACUGAAGGGUCAUUUACUUGCAAGUGCGACGUGAAUGCGCAUUACAUUGGUGACGGGAAAACAUGCACUCCUCUUCGUAAGCCGAAUUAUAUGUUUUACUUCAUUUUGUUCUCUUCGUUUUACCACUACUCUGACAAUUGGGGAAAGGUAUCCACCAAUAUUUAUGUCGCCAAAGAGCAACCCCUCGCCUGCUUGUCGAUCACCUUGAUUAUGCUCUUGUCCAAGAAUAUACUCUUAAUGAAAUUUCAAAUGUACCGAAAGCGGCAUUUGCUCGUUGAUUAUUUCGAUUGGUUCUGACUUUCUUGGGUACUUUAAUUUUGAGUGUAUUUUAGGCUAACCCCGCCGAUAUUUUUAAUUAGUCAAGUGGUUGUUUUAGGUAUAGCAACUAUUGGAGUCAUUGUCAGUUUCCGAAAUACAGCAUCUUUUAAAAGGAUGAAUUUCUGAUUUACUUUCUUUUUACCAGGUGGUCUCGAUGACUCCGUUAUUAUAGCGAAUGAUGCCAGCAAGAUAUCGCAGUUAAAUACCUGGCUUCUUCCCCACUUGCAAAGUCAAGACAGAAGUUAUUGGAAACUGUGUUAUAGGGCCUCUAAUAAUGGCUGGAGGUCACAGACCUUUCACAGAAAUUGUGAUAACAAAGGACCCACUAUAACAAUUGUUAGGGUCGGGAGCUACAUUUUUGGAGGCUACAACGACAAUUCAUGGCAGUGUAAGUUUGUGAAAUAGCUAAAAGAAGCAGAAGGUAUCGACUAGUUGAACUGAAUUAAAACCGGGGGUUAUUAACCCCAAAUGUAAAAGGAAGGAGAGACUGGGCCUUUACAAUUUUCGCAAAUAGUUCAAAACAAGUCUAGUCUUAACUAGAUUGUCAUUAAUCACUAGCAAUACUGCUAAUUGGAGAGGAUUGUGUGGUAAGAGUUUAAUCAAAUACUCGAGACAUUGCUGAAGCAUGAACUGCAUGCUAAAAUAUUGCCAUCGUUAUUAUUGAGAAAAAUUACUGACAACCAGUAGUUUUGAUUGGCACAAUCUGGCACAUUUUCCAUGCAUUAUCGGUGAUGACAACUGUUUUAGCCACUGGCUCCUCCUUGUACAACGGCUUGGCCGUGCGUUUUCCUGUACGAUCGGGGAUUAUACAUAUCCAGAUCAUGAAAAAUAAAUGUUUGUUCGGCUUAAAACACUUCGAACAUGGCACCAAAAAAACUGUGCUGAGUCCUUGAGCUGCUUUAUUUAUAAUUUUUUUUUUUUUUUUUUUUUUAACAAGCGCGUUUGAGGUGGGGUAUGGGGCUUAGUAGAGAAGGUCGGGCUUAAUACUGCUGUACUUCAGCUGGUUCUACCAGGGUUUUUUCUUGAAAUCUGAUAUGGGUGGACCGCCGUUUCUUUUAAAUUUUCUAAUGGAAAAGCCCUGGGGACAAAGUUGGUGGCAACUUGUGAUGCUCCAAUUCAUGAGGAUUUGAGCGUGAUUUAUGUGGUAUUUCACACAUUGUAUAGUACUUCCCUGCUCUCAGUAUUUACUAACCCACCACGGUUUCCUAAAAAUACACCAUUUUACAGCUUUGGGCUUAGUAUCCUAGACUUUAAGAGUGAGUGCAAGACAGAGGUUGACCAUGAUAGAUAGAUAGAUAGUUUUAGAUAGUUUAAUUACCAAUACUUUGCAGCCCAAAGGCUGAAUUGCGUAUUUACAAAUGAUGCAAUUGAUAAAAUGUGUCUAUGAAACUAAUUACAGUAAAUAAAAAAGUGUGAAACAUGUGAUAAAAAGUCUAAAAAUCUACGUACAGGAUCUAAUAAUAAAACUAUUCUGCUGACUAUUCGUAAAACGAUCGGUCUUGCAUUUAUGUACAAUGAAGCGCCUGCUGCACCUUAGAGCAUGACGAUGUUUUGAUACAAACGUCCUUUGUUUUCUUAUGGAAAUUAUACUUAAUGAGUACUAAUUAGAUUUAAAAAAAAAAACACGAUUUACAUAUUAAGAAAGCAGAAAUGGUUGUAUCAGAGCAAGGUCCACUCCAGCCUCGUUUCCAUCCAUAAUUGUAAAAUGGUCUAUUGAACUCGACUGAGCUACGAUGGAUCUCUAAUUGUUUGUGUUCUGUUUUUUUCUCUCUUCAGGGUCUGCUGGUUAUCAAUAUUCGACAAAUACCUUCUUGUACUCACUGAAAAACUACAAGGGGUAUGGAUACUUCAAACAGGACAUAACCAACGGCCACUAUGGCAGAGCCACUUACAGCCAUUAUAGUUAUGGUCCAAUCUUUGGUGAGGGCCAUGAUAUGAUUAUUUCCAACAAUGCGGGAAGAAAUACCUAUUCUUAUUUUCAAUGUCGCUCGUACCUCAGCGGUCCCUAUUGUGACAAUUAUCUCUGGGUUGGGUCACGAUACGGGAAUCAUUUCCGCCCAGAUGAGUUGGAGGUUUAUUAUGAAGUGCUUGCUUGA